AAUCAUUUGUCAUGUUCGACUAAGCAUAGUUAACAGAAUUAUCAAAGAGAGAUAAAGUAUUAGUCUCUUCUAGUUUUAGGAUAAAAAGUUGAACUUCUAAUUACCUCUCUAUAUUGGGAAUUCUCAGGGUGUUUGUAGAAGAGAUAUCCUAGUUUAGUGGGUUAUUUAGGUAAUUACAAAAUAUUAUUUCAGUAAUCUUAAAAAUUUGAGCACAGCAUCAAAACCUUGGAAUUAGCAGUGAUAUACAUAGAUACUUAUCUGAACUUUUUUAAUAUUGAACCUGAAUUUUUAGAGCUCUUGGGCAUUUCAGCAUAUUCAAUGGCUUCUAAAGUAAUUUAUUUUUGUAGAUUGAAAGUUUAAUGAAACAGAAGCAAUAGGCCAAAUUAAGUUGAAGGAUGAUUUUGGCAAAGUGUUAUACGAAGAUCAAGUAUACAACGAAAUGGAAGUUCAAUUGUUGUAAUCCUUAGAUUUCCAAUUAAAUCACGUAACUCCAUCCGAUUAUCUGAUUGCAAUGGGCAUUUCAAUAAACGAAAGCAUUUCCAGUCUCAUUAUGUUUGUUUUAAUGGGUAAAUUAUUUGUUAUAUCAUUUAAUUAGAUUUCGAAAUUUAUAAACAUUCUUAGAUUGUUCUGGCAUUAGCUAUUUUCAACUUUUAAUAAGAACAGUCCAAUAUGUUUACGGAUAGAGUUAAAUCUGUGACUAAAUUGAUAAACAAUAAGUUAAAUAAAGCAAAAGAGCAAUUUAAUUUGGAUAAAACUGAAAAUGAUGAAACAAGAGGGCUUGAAUCAAAUUUAGGCACUUAAAAAAAAAUAUACAAAAAAAGAUAGUCAAAAAAGUUAAAACAAUUAGCAUGAAUGGCUUAUCUUGGUUGGUUUCAAUGAAUUUGAUCUAAGGGGA